AUGAUUGAUUUACGACGUAGCGUUAGAACACACGUCACUUUAGGAGAUGAUGAAUCUUUGAGAGAGAUAGCGGAAUCCGUUAGAGAUGGUCAACAUAGUCUAACAACCUUAAUCAAAGAUCUCGGCGAGUAUUUGAUACAUGAGGAUGAUCAAGUUAGAUUCAAGGGCGCUACUAUACUAUCGCACACUAUCAAAUCCAUACCGGCUAGCUCAAUAAACAGACAAGCUACUCAAACAUUAACAAACUUCUUCAUUUCUAAGCUCAGCGAUCAUACACUUAUUGCACCAACGUUAGAAGCUCUAUUGUCUUUGGCGGAUUUACCUACAUUUGGUAGUAUGGAAGCAAAGAAUGUAUGCACAUCUUUGUUUGGGUGUCUUCAACCACCAAAACCACAAUUUGUUCAAGCAGUUCGCUAUCUAUACUAUCAAUUACUAGAUAAACUUCUCGAUAAACACAGAAGUGCUCUUAAGAGCCUCGGAAAUGACUUCAUCACGGGAUAUAUCCACACAAUACAAGGAGAGAAGGAUCCACGUAAUCUAAUGCUCGUAUUUGGAAUGAAUAGGGUCAUCUUGAUAGAAUUUCAAACCGAAUCUCACACUGAUGCAUUUUUUGACGUCGUCUUUUGUUAUUUCCCAAUCACGUUCAAGCCACCACCUGAUGAUCCAUACGGUAUUUCAACAGACGAUCUCAGGGUGGCUCUUCGUGAUGCUAUUAGUGCAUCACCUUUCUUUGCAGCACAAGGUAUUCCACUUCUCAUUGAAAAACUCACAGCUAGUUCAGGAGCUGUAAAGCGUGAUGCGUUGUUAAGUAUCGCACAAGCACUCCCUGUCUAUGGACCAGGUCAGGUCAGCCUAAAAUCACGCAAAUUAUGGGACGCCAUCAGUAUUGAAAUACUCUACUCAACUGACAUUGAAACUGAAAAUGUUGCACUCAAAGCAUUAGAAUCACUCAUACAAACACUUUAUCUACCACAAGACGAACCCUCUGAUAUAAUAGAUGCCAGGGAAUUACCUGGAAUAGCUAACGUAAUAUUUGAUGUUUGUUACGAUGCUCUCAAAGAGCCAGAAAAGAGCAAAGCAAACCCGGCUGUAAAGAUCAUUGGAACGCUCAUCGAAUCCUGCCCAAGUACUCUUAGUAAACCAUUCACACACUCAAGUCUUGUCCCUAUCUUGGAGUUAUUCGCAGUGCCAUCAGAUCCUAGCCAACCUGGACCAAUUCUUAAUCACAUACACGCUAUUUUGCUGAGCUUGUCAAGAGUAUACAGUAGCACUAGCGAAAGAUCGUUCCACAAGGACGAGCCUAUUACCUCUGCUCUCAAGGAACAAUUAUCGAGUAUAUUAACAUCAAGCUUGACUAAUAAAUCACUCAGGGGACCAGCUUUAGCCGCUUUCACUCAGACAUUACAUAUUAAAGGAUAUUGGGAUCUAUCUAAAGAUGGAGAGGCCAUAGCUAACACUUUAGUCGAUUUCGUCAGAGAUCCAUCAGAAGAUUCUCAUGUUAGAUUGGUAGCGAUCGAAGGUCUAAACUGCUUAGGUGGUACCGUUUUACAGAACACUGUUUUACCAUCUCUUGUUGAUUCACUUCCUUCUGUUAUUGACAGUGAUACAGAUUGGAAAACAAUUAGAGUUACUCUUGCUUCUUUGACUGGAUUAGCCGUUGAUGAAACCCUAUUCAAAUUGUUUGUUGAAGGUAUUAUCAACAAAAUGGAGCAAGUUAAGGAUGAUAAUCUCAGUUUGGCAUUUGUUAAUGUCUUGUUGACAACUACCCUGGUUUUACUUCAAGAGAAGUUAUCUAAGAAACAUACUGAUAUCGCACAGUACUCGCAACUAUUCUUGCCAAAAUUGUUCAGCUUCUUCGUUGUUUCGCACUCUGAAGCUAUCAAAGAGGGUAGAAUAGUCAAUACGGCUAGUCGGGUUAUAAUGAGUAUAGUAAGAUCUCUUGAUGUAGUUCAACAGAAUGCGUUAGCGAAAGAUAUUUUCGAUGCUCUUCAAAUCGGCAAUUGGCAGGGAUUGCUAUUAGCCGACAAGGAGAUAGUUCAUCAAGCCGCUUUAUUUGAGAAUUCAUCUCAGAGAGCUUAUUUCCCUCUACUUUCAUCUGCACUUAUACCAAUGAAGAAGGAAGUAAAAUUACCACUCGACUCACUGUCCGAUUUCGCAGUACAUCUAACGAAAUGGACUCAAAGCGAAGUCUCAACGGAGAUAGAGCAGGUAGCAUCUCAGCAUCUUCUGAGUAAUUUGAUCAACAAGCGAGUAGAGGAGUUGUCAGAUUACACAAAUUUCAUACUCUCAGAAUGGAACCAGUCAACUUCAAACCAGAGCAGAUCGAAUGGUAUCUUCAUAGAUAUCGUCUUAUGGAUCGCCAAAGGUUUGGUGUGCCGUGGUGAUAAUCUUGGCAUUGAGAUUGUAACAAAGACGCUUGACCUGAUUGCUAGCGACUCACCAUACGCUAACAAGGUAGCCAGCUUGGUCGGUGAGAUUGCAAACGACGAAAAUGGAGAUGUGCUCGAUAAAAAGAAAUCGUUUGCAGUUACUAGGGUACUUUUUAAACAGAAGUUCUUCGAAGUUGUCUUUCCAGAAGUGGUUAGUCGCUAUGAAAGUGAAAAUUCGAGUAAAAAUGACGAAGCUUCUCGGAAGUACCUUGCUACAUUGGCAUCACUUAUCCAAUACAUGCCAAAACCACUCGCUUUAGCAAAACUUCCACAGAUAUUCCCGAUUCUGCUCAUAGCUUUGAGUCUUGAUGAUGCUUCACUCAGAUCAAGCGUUAUUGAGACUAUCACAGUAUUGACGCUGACUGAAGAUAGUAUCGCUCAGACGAUACAACAACAUAUGUCAUCCCUCGUCUCAUCUUUGCUAAACUUCUCGACUAACGUAUCGCAGAACCCACCACGUCUUCGUGGUUCUGCACUUAAAUUACUCGGUAUUUUCCCUCACGUUAUACGUAAAGAUAUACUAGAACUUUAUAAAUUACAAGUCGUACGACAAUUAGUUCAAGCACUCGACGACCCGAUUAAAUUGGUCAGAAAGGAAGCUGUGGACGCUAGAGAAUUCUGGCUACAGAUCUAA